CCUAUUUGAAGGUUAGAAGAAAGCAGGCGUGUUUUUAUCAAUUUUAUAAACAUACUUUUGGAUAUAUUUAUUUAACUUUUGAGUUAUCAUGAAUUUUACCGGAAAAGCUGCUCUUAUUACAGGGGGUGCACAAGGUAUUGGUAGAGCUUAUGCUAAGGCAUUAUUGGAUAUAGGAAUGAAAGUAUGUGUAUGUGACAUCCUGGAAAGAGAGGCUUUGGAAUUCAUAGAAAGUCUUCCGGAGAAUCAGAAAAGUAAUGCGAUCUUUCAGAAAUGUGAUGUGUCAUUAUUAGCUGAUUUGAAAAAUGCAUUUACAAGAGUUGUGUCUGAAUUUGGCAGGAUCGAUAUUGUUGUAAACAAUGCUGGGGUCUUAACUGAACAAAAUUAUAUGAAAGAAAUAGAAAUAAAUUUCACUGCAGUAAUACAAGGCACUUUGAUUGCAUUUGAACACAUGGAUAUUAAUAAAGGUGGACAUGGUGGAUACAUCAUUAAUACAGCAUCUGAAGCAGGUUUGGAACCCUUGUACUUAGCCCCAGUGUAUAGUGCGACUAAAUGCGGUGUUGUUGGAUUCACAAAAAGCCUCGGAUCGGAUUAUCAUUACAAAAAAACCGGCAUUAAAGUCAAUGCUAUAUGCCCAGGACCAAUAGAUACAGUUCUUUUCCAUGCCUUUCCGAAGGGGAGUAUUGAUGAAGAAGAAUCCAAGAAAUAUGGUUCAUUACGAAAGCCAAUCAAGCCCGAAGAAGUUGGUAAAGCCUUAUUGAAACUCCUCGAAGACGAUAAAAAUGGCGCAAUGUUGAAGAUAGAUUGCGAUGGCUUAAGAUAUUAUUUAUCACUUUAAAGCAAAUAUCAAAGUUCGACUUCAAUUGUACAUGAAAAGUUGCCUGUCUUUGAGAUUGACGUGUUUUGCUUUGUACAAUAUUUAAAUAUAUUUCACAGUUAUAUAAUAAUUUUUUUUUUUCAUUUUCAAUUCAUACAGUUUUUUUCUACUGCUGUAGUUUUUAUGUUAUUUUUCCAUUAGAAUAAAAGGAAUUAAAAUUCA